GGAAGGCGGCCAGCGCGGUGUCCGUGGAGCCGCACCGGCACGAGGGCGUCUUCAUCUACCGCGGGGCGGAGGACGCGCUGGUCACGCUGAACAUGGUGCCGGGCCACUCGGUGUACGGCGAGCGGCGCGUCACGGUGACCGAGGGCGGCGUCAAGCAGGAGUACCGCACGUGGAACCCCUUCCGCUCCAAGCUGGCCGCGGCCAUCCUGGGCGGGGUCGACCAGAUCCACAUCAAGCCCAAGUCCAAAGUGCUGUACCUGGGCGCCGCCUCGGGGACCACCGUCUCCCACGUCUCCGACAUCAUCGGGCCCGACGGCCUGGUCUACGCGGUCGAGUUCUCCCACCGCGCCGGCCGCGAUCUGGUCAACGUGGCCAAGAAGCGAACCAACAUCAUCCCGGUCCUGGAAGACGCCCGGCACCCGCUCAAAUACCGCAUGCUCAUCGGGAUGGUGGACGUGAUUUUCGCCGACGUGGCCCAGCCGGACCAGUCCCGCAUCGUGGCCCUGAACGCCCACACCUUCCUUCGCAACGGGGGCCACUUCCUCAUUUCCAUCAAGGCCAACUGCAUCGACUCCACUGCGUCUGCCGAGGCCGUGUUUGCUUCUGAGGCGAAGCAACAGGUUUCUGAAAGGUGAACUGAUCACCCAAGUUUACAGAGCCCGUGAGGAGGUGGAACUUCAAUGCCAGUCUUUUCAGCUCUAAUCCACUGCUAUUUCCUUUACACCAGUGGAUUCUUACCUCUCUUCCACAUGGUCCACACUGGACAGAUCGCAAGUCUCAAAACAGGGUACAUACACAGCUGGCUCUUUGGCUGCAUUGCGUUCUUUCUUCCACUCUGUGCUACCCUUUUCUUAGAUUUCAAAAUAGCAAAUCAAGGCAGACUGUUCCCACUGUAAGGCAUAACAUACCCAAAGUACUGUCAGCAAGUGUCAGAGAAACAGUCCGAAAAGUGACUCUCUCAAAGUAGCUGGGUCUAAAGGGCAUUUCCUCCAGACUCCGAGUUGCUGGACUCAGUACAUUCAGUUCUGGUUCUGCAAACCAGCCUGAAGGGAGCGGAAGAGUGAACAAUCAAUCCCAAGACAGCUGGGAAUGCCCCCAGACCAGGCGUUAAUAAAGACUUUUAUUCAUUCAUUCACUCAGACAUUCAAAAAAUGCCCAUUGCCAAUUGCUAGGGCAGUCAAUACAUUGUCUGGGAGUGAUUGCUCACUAAUGCAUCAUUUGGAGAGUGGCUCUGCCUUUCCAAAGAUGUGCUUGGGCAGAGAUUGAGGUUAGUCUGCAUUUCCUGAGGACAUACUUUUUGAACCAAAAAAAGAAGACUAAUCAGAUUUUUUAAAAGGCAGCCACCCCUCUACUCCUACCCCACCCCCAGUGCCCCACCACAUGCACACAAAAGAUACAGUGCAGAGCGAGAGCUACAGUUCGAAUUUGUUGGCCAGACUGACUCAGGAAGAAGGGGGUGAAUGGAGUAAAUGUCUACGAAAACCCAAACCAGACAUUUCCAUAAAGAGCAUGAAAUCUUCAUUAGAACUCUGCAAAGCAAGGAUUAUAAUUCCCAUUUAACAGGUAGGAAACUCCAGUUCAGAGAGAUGACGUGACUUGCUUAAGGCCCCCGGUGAGGCUCACAGCCAGAAAUCAAAACCAUAGGAGGCAGAGGCCAAAAUCUGUGGCCUUUCCAUGGAGGUCAGUGCUGGCUCCUUUGCUUUGAAAGGCCUUUUCUCCAAUCUUAGGCUAUUAUUGCUGGGCUGAUACCCUGAGACUGGAGAUGGAUGCCCAGGAAACAGGAAGAUUACUUCCAGAAUCUUACAGGAUCCAGCCCCUCCUCAGAGGCAGCUCAGCCUCUGUAAGAAGUUCUUGGUUCUU